UGUGUGAACUGAACAUUAAUUAUUGUGCCGGUUAAGUAAUGGCUGAUAAUGAUCAGAUCCCAAAUAUGAGGAAUAUUAUAAGAAUGUUCGAAGCCCGAACAACUAUCGAGGAUGUGUGCACUGAGGAAUCGGCAAUGGACACCGAUAUAUCCGAAAGGGCAAAUGGUAGUGAAGGCGAGCAGUUAGUCGGAGGUAGCAACCCAGCUGCCGAUUUCGAGGCUCUUAUUGAGCGUCUAGAGCGUGUGACUUCACGGCUAGAGCGACUCCCCGCGCUGCGCUCCCGCCCACUCACACCCCCGCAGUCGCCGGCACCUCAACCGUCGGCACCUGAGUCCCCGGCACCACAGUCGACGGCACCUCAGUCUCCGGCACCAACGCCGCCACAGGAAACAGUAGAGCUCCCAGAGACGCCAGUGGAAGACAGCAUGAGUGUCAACGGGUAUCAGGAUUUGAUGCAGGGCCCUUUGCGGACGUACUUGGAGCUGUCUCAGCAGAUCGGCGGCGAUGUGGCCACUCACGCCAACCUUGUCAACGAGGCUUUCCAAGCCCAGCUUCGCUACAUUCAAUUGGCGCAAUCUCGAAGCAAACCAUCGCAAGCUGAAGAAAUGCAGCUUUUAGCUCCGACUAGCGAAAAGAUAUCUGCUAUACAGCAGUUCAGGGAGAAGAAUCGAGUUUCGUCGUUCUUCAACCAUCUGUCAGCGAUAUCCGAGAGUAUUCCGGCUCUGGGCUGGGUGGCGGUGUCGCCGACGCCAGCACCAUACGUCAAAGAGAUGAACGACGCUGGCCAGUUCUACACGAACAGAGUCCUCAAGGAGUGGAAAGAGAAGGACAAGAGACACGUUGAGUGGUGCCGCGCCUGGGUCCAGCUGCUGUCUGACCUUCAGGCCUAUGUUAAGCAGCAUCAUACCACCGGACUCGUCUGGUCUGGCCGGGGUGCCGGUGCCCCGCCCCCGCCCCCGCCCGGCGGCCUGCCCCCGCCGCCGCCCGUGCUGCCCGAGGCAGACUUCGCCAACCUCAGCGUCGACGACCGCAGUGCUCUCUUCGCUGAGAUCAACCAGGGAGAGGGCAUCACCAGUAACCUGCGCAAGGUGACAGCGGACAUGCAAACACACAAGAACCCUACCCUGCGCCAGGGGCCGGCGCCCUUCAAGGCGGCGCACUCCGCCCCCGCCCCCGCCCCAGCCCCCGCCAAGCCGCUGCCGCAGCCCGGCGCCGGCCAGCUGGACAAGCCGCCCGUCUUCACACGCGACGGCAAGAAGUGGCUCAUUGAAUACCAGAAGGGCAACUCCAACUUGGUGGUAGAGAAUGCGGAUAUGAACAAUGUGGUGUAUAUGUACCGCUGCCGCGACUCUGCUCUCACUGUGCGCGGCAAGAUCAACGGCGUCGUGUUGGACUCCUGCACCAAGUGUGCUGUCGUCUUCGACAACCUCGUCUCUAGUGUUGAAUUCGUCAACUGCCAGUCGGUGCAGAUGCAGGUGCUGGGCAAGGUGCCGACUAUCUCCAUCGACAAAACGGACGGCUGUCAGAUCUACCUGUCGCAGGAUUCCCUCGAGGUUGAGAUCGUCAGCUCCAAGUCCUCGGAGAUGAACGUUCUCGUGCCCAAAGCUAAUGGCGAUUAUUCGGAGCACCCGAUCCCGGAGCAGUUCAAGACGGUGUUGAACAAGCCGCCGACCGGCCUCACCACCACGCCGGUCGAGAACAAGGGUUAAUCCCCCACGGGGUAUGCCCGCACUGAGCCCCACACCCGGAACACACAUAGGAACACCAUUAUACAACGGUCUGAUUAAAUUUACCUAACUCGAUCCGCCGCACUUCAAACAACGUUAUUUAAACGUAUUUCAAUAAAUUGUACACUCAAUAUGAACAGAGAUUACGCAAAUUGUCAUAAGGCCUCGAAAUAAGUACAUAAAUAGUUAAUUUCGAAUACUAUGACCACAUUUCUACAUUUCUCAGCAGAUUAGCAUUAAAAAAAAAUUCGUAAAUUUCAAUUAUCUAACCUUUUUCACUAUUCUUAACUACAUUUUGUGAUUUUUAAAAAUAAUUUGCGUAAUCUUGUCUUGACGUUGUUUGUUCACAUAAAGCACAAAAUAACAUUAAUUAUAAAAUAAGUUUCCGGAUGUGAAACGAUUCAGUCCUUUUAAUUCGUUUGUUGCUCACUUCGCUCGAUCAUUAGCGUUUAAGAUAUAAAUAAUGACGUAGACAUAACUGUAAUUCAAGUAUUUACUCGCCCUUAUAUUUAAUGUUCCUCGCACUCUAUGAAAUAAUACAUCUACUAACAUACAUUGUGAAGAAACUACUGAAUUACUUCAUACUAUGCAAAAUAAUAAAACAUGUUUCUGUAAAUGUUUCUCAAUGUAGACAGAACAUCACCUCUGUAUUUGUCUUGUCAUCUGUCGCUGUUUAGUUUUGUUAUAGCACGAAAAUUUGUGACAAAAUAAUCGACAUUUGUAUCAGUUUUGUGCUACAGUAAAGUACUGAUAAACAUACAAUUUCUUGUCGAAGUAAUUUGUUGUAAAUUUUCGUGCUAGACCUCCGAAACUUAGUGUGCGAUACCGCUCGGUAUGUUAAGGUUAGCUUAAGAGUGUGACGUCAUGAGUUUGAUAUAAAACUCUGCAUUUUCUAUAUUAUUGGCUGUAACUAAAGUGAAAUAUAACCCCGAUAAACGUAACCGUAUUUGGGCGUACUCUAGUAUUAAUUACUUUAUGUAUUGUCUCAUUGUGAUUGUGUAAGUUAAAUUACUGGAACCGAGUCUGUUUUCAUCUAAAAUCCAUAUUACGUCGAAGUUAUUACGCUAUUUAUAUAGUAAUCAGUUUUCGUAACAAUUUUAUUAAUGUAACAAUGUGACAUUAUUUAUUACGCCAUUCUUAUUUGAAGUUUAUAUUUUUUAAUUUA